AUGAAUUGUCUGGUAGGGUUCACCGGAUUGAUCCUGGGCCUCCUUGGUGUUCGGGUGACAUGGACCUGGGAAACCGAGGCAUCUUCGCCUUUCUCAGCUUUGCCGGCUGAUGACAGCUUCUUCCUUUUACAGGUGAGUGGCACCAAAAGGGUUGCCGGACAAGGCGAGGCCUCGAGAGAACGGAAACGCUCAAAAACUGAAUCAGUUAACAGCUCUGCCGUGCCAGAAGUACCGGCAGGGACGAGCCACACAGCAGUGGCGAUGCCUGGACAACCUUGGCCGCUGUCGUUGCUGAGUAUCUCAUUGUGCAGAGUUGUAGAAGAAGUUACAGGUCAUCAAGUUCCCACCAAGGAGGGCAUGAUGUUUACUGCUUGCAUGAUAGCUGCCAUCAUCGUUUUGUCUGUUUGCAUUGCCCUGCUGCAUCAGAGCUCUACAAGGGAGACACGAAGUCGGAUUCCUGCAGGAGGGAUUCCUGGAGCUGUCGAGGAAACCGUACGCGACCUUCAGGAUCAGAUGGAGGAAUCAUUCACUCCAGGAUUGAAGAAGCCAAAGCCGGCGUGUUGCUGA